AUGGCCAAGCCCCCGGCGGCGGCGGCGACGGCGGCCGAGGAGCUGAGCCAGGUGCCGGACGAGGAGCUGCUGCGCUGGAGCAAGGAGGAGCUGGCGCGGCGGCUGCGGCGCGCCGAGGGCGAGAAGGUGGGCCUCAUGCUGGAGCACGGCGGCCUGAUGCGCGACGUGAACCGGCGGCUGCAGCAACACCUGCUGGAGAUCCGCGGCCUCAAGGACGUGAACCAGCGGCUGCAGGACGACAACCAGGAGCUGCGCGAGCUCUGCUGCUUCCUCGACGACGACCGGCAGAAGGGGCGCAAGCUGGCGCGCGAGUGGCAGCGCUUCGGGCGCCACGCGGCCGGCGCCGUGUGGCACGAGGUGGCCCGCUCGCAGCAGAAGCUGCGCGAGCUCGAGGCGCGCCAGGAGGCCCUGCUGCGCGAGAACCUGGAGCUCAAGGAGCUGCUGCUGCUGGUGGACGAGGAGCGCGCGGCUCUGGCGGCCGGCGCUGGCGGCGGCGGCGCGGGCUCCCGCAGCUCUAUCGACAGCCAGGCCAGUCUGAGCGGGCCGCUCGCCGGCGGCACUGCGGGCGCGGGGGCCCGCGACGUGGGCGACGGCAGCAGCACGUCGAGCGCCGGCAGCGGCGGCAGCCCAGACCACCACCACCACGCGCCGCCGCCGCUGCUGCCUCCGGGGCCACACAAGGCCCCCGACGGCCAGGCGGGAGCCACGCGCAGGUCCCUGGACGACCUGUCCGCGCCGCUGCACCACCGCAGCAUCCCCAACGGUCUGCACGAUCCUUCGUCCACCUACAUCAGACAGCUGGAGACCAAGGUGAAGCUGCUGGAGGGUGACAGCAAGCUCCUUGCACAGCAGGCAGGCUCUGGAGAGUUCCGGACACUGCGGAAAGGCUUCUCACCAUACCAUUCGGAGUCUCAGCUCACGUCCCUGCCACCCGCCUACCAGGACUCCCUGCAGAACGGCCCAGCCUGCCCCGAGCUGCCUUCCCCACCCUCAGCUGGCUACAGCUCCACAGGGCAGAAGCCUGAGGCCGUGGUACAUGCCAUGAAGGUCCUGGAGGUGCACGAGAACCUGGACCGGCAGCUCCAGGACAGCUGUGAGGAGGACCUGAGUGAGAAGGAGAAGGCCAUCGUCCGUGAGAUGUGCAACGUGGUCUGGAGAAAACUGGGGGACGCCGCCAGCUCUAAGCCCUCCAUCCGGCAGCACCUGUCUGGGAACCAGUUCAAGGGGCCGUUGUAGGCAGUGCUCCACGGACGUGGACUGGGUGGCCUCGGCGGGUACACAGGCCCAGUGCGGGCAGCUGCUGUCUUCUCCCUCUGGUGAACUGUACCUAGGAUGCUGCCUCCAUCUCCCGCCUCACACACCAGUGAACCAGACAAAGAAAACCACACGGGGCUGCUGCAGCCGAGCCGCCUGGACACGCUCACGUCCCUUCGGCCCAGGCCCUACUGCCAGUAACGAGAUGCCACAGGCUUCUGUGUUCUAGCCCUGGUGGAGGGCAGCUCAGCAAGCCCUCCACAGCCCCCUGCUGUCACCAUGCCGGGACAGAGGCCACCAGGAUCCUGACACAGGUGGCCCCACUCCCUGCCCAGCUGUGUGUGGGGUCUUUGGACCAUAGCUGAGCCCCUGACUGCCGGAGGCCCUUCCUCUGGCCCUCAGCCCCGCCCUGCCCGACCCUCCACAUUGCCCUGCCCUGUGGAGGCUCUGCCCUCUUCCUCCUGCCCAGCCCAGACACUGCCCUCUGCUGUGGUUCCCAUGAGGGGCCUGGACGCAGGAAGGUGCUGGGGUUUGUUUCUGUGCCGACCCACACGUGCUCCUCUUUCUGGGUGGGGGCGCUGAGCCAGCCUGGGCCUCUGGUCACCUGCGGCCUCCCCCUGGCCAGCAGGUCCCUGGGUCACUGUGGCUCAGGGCCCUGUCUUCCUUUGGAGGAAAGAGCUGACCUUGCUCUGCAUUUAACUUGCUGUGUGACCUUCAGCAGGUCACUUAGCCUUUCUGGGCUCUCACGGAAACAUGAGGGCUCAGGGGCCCCCUCAAUCUUUUCACGGUGGGUGGCCUGGGCGGCCAUUCAGCUGUCCGCAGCAUGUGUCCUCACUCGGGCGUGAGCAGGUGUGGUCGACCUGCCCAAGCAGGGCCAAGUGUGACUCAUCUGCCCUCCUGUUGCCUCGUGGCAGCAGGCGCCCACCUCCCCCUAAGCCUCAGUGUCCUCGGCUGUAAGAUGGGUGGCUAGAGCCCCUGCUUGCAGGCCCUGGGUGUCCAACAAGACUUUCAGUGUAAAUGACCAUGUGUAAACUCAAGCACUAUCUGUAAUAUUUUAUUUGCGUGUGAGGAAAACGAGGCCCAGAAGGGGGUACGUUAUCUGUGGCACAUUAGAAACCAAAACCUGGCAGACACAGGCCCUUCUUGCCAUCUGCUGGCGUGUGUGGCCAGCACCCCUGGGAUCCACUCACCGCGCCUGUGGUCACUUCUCCCCCAUCAGCCGUCUCCAUUCUUCCCGUGGUCCGCAGGCUCACGCAGAGCCAAGGGGGUGAAGCGCCCAAGAGGCGGGUUAGUAUCCCUGCCCCAUGUUGAGGAGGCAGGGCAAGGAGGCGGCAUCCUUGUCCCCCUGCCCAGCGGGGGCCCUUCCACGCCAGUGGGCUGCACCCUCAGGGGAAAAGCUCGUGCCCUCAUUGUGCCCAGGCCGGGGUACAGGUGGGUCCUGAUGAAGGUGCAGGGUGUGCUGCUCCAGUGUGGGGGUGCCAGGAAACUCUGUGGGUGCUUUGUGGAAGGGUGUGCGCUUGAGGCCAGGGGGACACCCACUGGUCAUGGCUCUGGAAGACUCCUCCCCAAGUGGGCGGCUGGGCUGGGGGUGCAGAGGCCCCUCCUGGGUCUUGGAAUCCAGAGAAUCAGAGAGCAGCCCCCAAGGGAUGGGGUUGCAUCCUGGGUGGGACUCAGGUCUGAGAGCCCAUCGGGAGCAGGUUGGCUUGGCCACCGCUGACAAUAAGCAAUAAUUAAGGGCUCCUGGUACUUGCAGUGACCCCAUCAGAAGAGACCUCCCAGGUACUGGUCCCCUUGGGAGGGACAUGUUUCCGUAGUGCUGCAGCGGCACCUGGGGGCGUGCUUCCGAGAACCUCCUGCCUUCAUGCGGCACAGCCUGUGAGGAGGGGGCAGGCCUGUCCCUUGCUCCCGUCACUGCGACCUGAUAGCUAAUGCAUCGGGGAGGUCUUGUAGGACUGUUAAGCUGUAGAAAAAAGCCAACAGUGACUCUACCUGGCCCCACAGACCCUAGCAGUCGGCAGUCACAGAGACAGUCCAGCACUGGGGAGGGUCGGGUGAGGGUGGGCUGGGAGGUCACAGCUCAGGGGUGAGUCCUGGCUCUGCCACUGAGGGACGAUGCAUCAGGUGACAAUGGUGGACCCGCAGCUCUGUAAGCCCGGCUGGGGUGGGAUGCAGCUGACCUCGGUGCCCUUUCAUUAAUGUCCCUGUCUCUUUCACAAGCUCUGGUUCUGGGUCCUGAAGCCCAAAGUGACAGCCACCCUUUGGCUUUAGUUCCCACUGUGAUGUCACCCUUCAAGCCCCCCCCCCAUGGCCACACCCACCCUGGAAUCGGAAUCUGCUGAGCACAUUGUUUAGGGUGGCAUGUUUUUACCCAGAAGUUCUUAGCUACACAUCAGAAUUCAAAGAAAAAAGUGACCUUUUUUUUUUUUUUCUUGAAACUUGACAGGAAACAAAAUACUACUGAUUUCUUUUUUUUUUUUUUAAGGAACUAAAUGCAUGGCUGCAGAGCGUAGAGCUGUAUAUUUUUCAUAUGUAGCGGAGGGUAUU